AAGAUCUUAAAGUCCUUGAUGGUUUAUAGGGGAAGAUACGUUUGGACAUGUAAACCGGGCUCGAGCUGUGUAGGGUUUUGUAGGUUAAAGCCAGCACUUUGAAUUGUGCUCGGAAGCUAAUUGGCAGCCAGUGGAGCUGGUGUAGCAGGGGGGUUGUGUGCUCCCUGUACCCCGCUCCUGUGAGCAACCUGGCUGCCGAGUGUUGGACUAGUUGGAGUUUCCGAACAGUCUUCAGAGGCAACCUCCAUGCUAUGGAAUCAUAAGAGUUGUCAUGUUACAAAGUCUUGAGCCUUUUGGGCUAAAGGCUGCUGGUGCCUUGCCUCACUACAGCUGCUAGGAUUCCAUAGCAUUGAGCUGUGGCCCUUCAAGCGGUGUCAAAGUGCGUUCAUUCAUUCUGCAGUGUAGAUGCUCCCUUUCUCCUUCCCGACGCAGACCAGCAGGGGGCGCUGAUGGGUAGCUGGUCAGCCCCAUUGGCAGCAGCGAGUGGAGGAAGCCGGGCUCUUGUUUGCCUCUGGAGGUAGCUCUGCUCAGCCUGCAGCGCUGGAGGAAGGAGGCACGCUGAGCUCCGCCGGGAGCAGCCGAAACUGGGCAGAGAAGCCGCCAGCAGGCUAUUGAAAGGGAUGUUCCAGCAUCACAUCCAGAUCUGGAGGGAAGGAAAAUGAAAUAUGCUGCACAAGGUGAGAAAGGUGAUACUACAACCAAGGAGGAGGAAAUUGUAGUACUUCAGAUGUUUUUGGACAGAAACUUCCUCAUCAUUUCUUAUCAGUGCUUGGAACUGCACUUCAGUGGCACCUGGAAUGGUAAUCGAGGUGAAAAGAUGUGAAGAAACUAUUAGUACAAAGAUCAUCUAUCAAUAAGCAACUGAAGCAUGUUCAAGAACUGGAGCAAAAUUCUAAUGGACACUGAAGUCAUUAAAAUUACAGUUUCUUCUUCUUCUGGGUUGCUCUUAGAUGUACAGGUUGGCUUCUUCCAGGAGAUAUUUUAACUUUUUAAUGGCUGGUCAAAUGCAAUGAUGUGUCUUUAAACUUCACAUCACUCCUGGAACAUAUAUCUAUAACACAAAACAAUACAGUUUAGGCAAAAUGUCUCAAAAUCUGGAGAUCAUCAAUUUGUCAUUUUUACUGGACCAUGAAAGAGAAACUAUAUUGGGAGUGUUGAAGAGAGAUGAAUACCUGAAAAAAAUUGAAGAUAAAAGAAUCAGGAAACUGCAGAAUGAGUUACUGGAGGUGAAACGGAAAGGCGGCCGGCAUCAACGACACCAGCUUGAGAACAGCAGGGUCUGCAUUCGCUGUCAGAAAAAUUUGGGCUUAAUCUUUGAUAGAGGAGAUUUCUGCCCAACAUGUGGACUUAGAGUUUGUAGCAAAUGCCGUGUUGAAGGGAUGAAUGGCAAAUGGAAAUGCACAGUGUGUGAUAAAAUUGGGCAUCUUAGGAUAGUAACAGGAGAAUGGUUUUUUGAAGAGAGAUCAAAGCGUUUCAAGCAGUCCAAGCUACUUGGAACAGAUGUUGUUAGACGGUCCCUCCUGCGCAAACUCCCAGGUGCUUCCUCUGAACAGACAGAGGGGAGGAAAACUAAAGAUGAAUUACCAGGGAGCUCAGAAAACACCUCAAAGCAAGAUGUGUUAUCUUCCUUGUCCAGCGGGACAAAAGUAGUCCUCAGUGGGCCCAGGAAAAUAGGCAAAAAAGUUUUCAAGGGAAUUUCUAAGGGAGAUGUUGCAAAUGUGAAAGCAGAAGAUGGAAGAAGCAUCAGCUCAGAUGUUGAUGCUCAAAGUAUGAAUGGUACUGAGAGGGGCAGCAUCCUUUCACUAGAUGGCAAUGAUCUGGAGGAUAUAUCUGGUAGCCUGAAAAGGGGAGUGGGUUCUAGAAACCAUAGCAAUGCCUCUACUCCAGUUCGUCCAAGGUCACCAGCAGUGAGUACACACAGCAUGACUGUGGACUACAGCAUGGAGCCUGGUUUAGAAAAUGGCACAUGUUUGUCUGGAAGUGGGAGUAUUCCUGCAGAAUUAGCAAAAAGGAAUCAGGGGAAAGUAUCUCGAACACCUUCAAUAGCCAUUUCAAGAACAUCUCUAUCAUCAGAUCGCAGUAGAUCCGAGAUAGAUCUCAGUGGGUCUUUUUCUGAAGAAAAUGAUGAUACUUUGAGUAUAAGAAGUAAAUCUGUACCUGGAGCAUUAGAUCAAGAACUGGACUACCUAGGUGAGACAGAGGAAGAUAUUGAUGACAUUAUGGCCUCCAGCUCAUCAAAGAAGAGGGCCAAUUUGGCAAGUGGAUUAUCAACAAAUUCUCCAAGUUCUGACAGAAAGUGGACCUAUUUAAAUGUUCCAGAAGCAGAUGGUGAUACAACUAGCAUUAAUAGUAUGAUGAGUGUAUAUAGUGAAACUGGGGACUAUGGCAACGUGAAGAUCAGUGGUGAAAUUUGUCUCCAGAUCACCUACAGCUAUAAAACAGGUGCCCUCAACAUCCUUGUAAAAAAAUGUAAGAACUUGGCUGUGGCAGAUGAAAAGAAGCACAGAACAGAUCCCUACGUCAAAGCAUACCUUCUGCCAGACAAGUCUCGCCAAAGCAAGCGCAAGACAAAGAUCAAAAGUAACACCACUAAUCCAGAAUUCAAUGAAAUGCUGAAGUAUGUCAUUAGCCAUACACAGCUUGAGACUCGGACUCUACAGCUUUCUGUCUGGCAUUAUGAUAGAUUUGGGCAUAACAGCUUUCUUGGAGAAGUGGAGAUACCUUUAGACUCCUGGAACUUUGAAAAUCAGGCAGAUGAGUGGUUUGUACUUCAGCCUAAGAUGGAGGUUGCAGCUGACACUGGCCUUCAGUAUAAAGGAGAAUUGAUAGUUGUCUUACGAUACACCCCUCCUGAGAGGAACCUAACACUUCCAUUAGGAGAGACUCAAGGAAAGAAGAGUUCUAAGAAAGCAAGGAAGUCUAGCUCACAACUGCUGUCAGGAGGCAUAUUAGAAGUUAUCAUCAAGCAAGCCAAGAAUUUAAUGGCUGUGAAGUCAGGAGGAACCUCUGACACAUUUGUGAAAGGAUACCUCCUUCCAGACAACAAUAAAGCUUCCAAACACAAAACCCAUGUAAUAAAAAAGAGUGUUAAUCCACAGUGGAACCAUACCUUCACUUUUAGUGGCCUGAAUCCAAGAGAUAUACACAAUGUUUGUGUAGAACUCACUGUCUGGGACAAGGAGUCCCUUUCCAGCAAUAUCUUCCUGGGAGGCGUUCGCCUGAAUACUGGAAGCGGGAUAAGUAAUGGCAAAGAAGUGGACUGGAUGGAUUCUCAGGGGGAAGAGCAGCUUCUUUGGCAACAAAUGAUUGAUUGUCCUGGAGAUUCUGUAGAAGGUGUUUUAAUGCUGAGAUCUAGCAUGGGAAAACGCAAACUCUGAGAGAAAUGCUAUUUGUAUAAGAUUCACUCCAGGUAUCUUGUGUACAUAAUAGUGCCAUGAACUCUAGACCUACAGUGGAGCACCUUCUGUAAUAAUUUGCACAUGUAAAAUAGGAAAGACAAAUACUUAUUCAACACAGACUUUAAAGCUCCUGCCAUGAACUAUAAAAGCAUUUAGCACUUUCUUACAUAAACAUUGUGCCACUUUUUCGGCUUUGCCCAACAGAAUUUGGCAAUGCCGCUUGGGAGACUGGAUUUCCCAGGUACUAUUCAGUCACUGGAAUAAAAUCCUCUAAAAUGCCUCAAUGAACAUAAUUUAAACAGUUCUUCUUAAGUUAAGAUUGUUUUAACAUGUAUUUUCUCAUUUAAAAUGUGUAAUUAAUAGUCUGAGUUAGGGCACUCAAAAUGAGCUAAGGGAUGAAGGGGGUUUUCAGAUUUCAGGCAACCUGCAAGAACAAUUACUUUUUGGCUGUAAUUAUUUCCUACUCCCAUGUCCAAGCUCCUGCAGACUCAUUUCCAUAAAUGGUUCCCAGUUGUGGGCUCGCUAAUGAGCAAUACAUGAAUCUUUCUGUGCCUAACUUACAAGCAAAACUGCUGUGUGUGGGUUUUUUAGAGACCAGCUGCUAUUGCUGGAAUACAAAAUGGCAAGAGCCCCCUAAACAUCAUUAGUGGUUCACAGAAUCUACUGAAUACUGGCACUUGAGAUAUAUGUGUGUGU